AAAACCCGGCUCCUCUAACAACGCUGAUGUGCUUCAUCUUCAGCGAGCAUUUGUAUCACGCGAACAUUUUCCUGUUGGGUGUGAAAUAAUCGCGACUUGAUAUUGUGUGAAUUGACUGCUAAACUAGUCAAAAAAGGCAGCGUCGUUUUUUUUUCUUAUACAAGAAUCAUAAUAAUUCAACAUGACGAAAAACCUGACAAGGAAGCCUAUGGAGAUCAGCGAAAGCCGCGGAGCUCAUGGACAAGCCUAUAAGGAUAAAAGCAAACCCAUGGAUAUUCGCAGCAGCAAUAUCAAUGCUGCUAAAGCUGUUAGCGAUGCGAUACGCACGAGUCUUGGACCUAGAGGAAUGGAUAAGAUGAUUCAAGCUAGUAAUGGGGAGGUUACUAUUACAAAUGAUGGUGCUACUAUCCUGAAAGAGAUGAAUGUAAUACAUCCUGCUGCAAAAAUGCUCGUUGAAUUGUCUAAGGCUCAGGAUAUAGAGGCUGGUGAUGGUACUACGAGCGUCGUUGUAAUAGGUGGUUCACUCUUGGAAGUAGCAGAACGCUUAUUGCAGAAAGGUAUUCAUCCUACUUUGAUCAGUGACGCUUUCCAAAAAGCAGCGUCCAAAGCAGUAUCAAUCUUGAUGAAUAUGUCCAUACCUGUCGAUCUAACAGACAAAGAAUCUCUUAUAAAGGUUGCAGCGACAUCAUUGAAUUCCAAGGUUGUACAUCAACAAUCUAGUCUUCUUGCGCCACUUGCUGUGGACGCAGUAUUAAAAGUUACAGAAGAAGGAAGGGAAGUGUCAGUUGACUUAAAUGAUAUUAAAGUAAUAAAGAAGUUAGGAGGCACCGUUGAAGAUACUGAAUUAGUGGAUGGAUUGAUAUUCACGCAGAAGUCUUGUAACAUCAAUGGCCCAAGACGUAUUGAAAAAGCGAAAAUUGGAUUAAUCCAAUUUUGCAUUUCGCCGCCAAAAACUGAUAUGGAUCACAACGUCGUUGUGUCUGACUAUGCAGCCAUGGAUCGUGUCCUAAAAGAAGAACGGGCUUACAUAUUGAACAUCGUAAAGCAGAUCAAGAAAACUGGUUGCAAUGUACUUCUUGUGCAAAAGUCUAUCUUGCGUGACUCCAUUAGCGAUCUCGCAAUUCAUUUCUUAGAUAAAAUCAAAGUCAUGGUCAUAAAAGACGUGGAACGCGAGGAUAUUCCUUUCGUAUGUAAGACGCUAGGUUGCAGGCCAAUUGCGUCGCUGGAUCACUUUGUGGCUGAAAACCUCGUCAAUGCAGAGCUCUGCGAAGAAGUUCAAACUGGCAACUCGAAGUUUGUUAAGAUCACAGGAAUUCAAAACCACGGAAAAACAGUCACAGUUCUUGUACGUGGUAGCAACAAAUUAGUUUUGGAAGAAGCUGGACGAUCCUUGCACGAUGCGUUGUGCGUCAUUCGGUGUUUGGUUAAGCAGAGAGCAUUGAUUGCUGGUGGCGGUGCACCAGAGAUUGAAUUGGCAUUGAAAUUGGCGGAGUACGCAGUAACUUUAGGUGGAAUUGAUGCCUACUGCAUCAAGGCCUUUGCAAAUGCACUUGAAGUAAUUCCUUCGACGUUAGCUGAAAAUGCUGGUUUAAAUCCAAUAGCUACAGUAACCGAACUCCGUAAUCGACAUGUGAAAGGUGAAAUAACAGCUGGAAUUAACGUCCGGAAAGGCGCCAUCACUAACAUGCUGGAGGAGAAUGUGAUUCAACCAUUGUUGGUUUCCACCAGCUCGAUUACUCUUGCUUCUGAGACCGUACGCAGUAUACUGAAAAUUGACGACAUUGUCAAUACAAAUCAAUAAAUUUACGAAAUACAGUUGUGCAAAGUGGAUUCCAUGUUUGCAUAGUAAAAUUUCAUCACAUUUGUUUGAAGUUGCAAAAGCCUAUUCAUUAACAAUCACAAUGUAUGCUUUUUUUUAAAGCUUUAUACAUAAUGUAAUAUUUUUAAACACGUUAAUACUGAGAAUAAUAAAAAAACAAAGUAUAAAACAUCUUAGAAAUUUGUAUUUAUUUUGAUAUAAAAUAGAUGUAAUAGUACUAUAUACUAUUAUAUAUGUAUAUUAAUAGUAUUCUAUACCAAUAAAAUAGAUGCAA